UUUGCUUAUCUCGUUUCUCCCAACUAAAAGUCAGCUCGAUGAAGGAAAGGAAUUUUGUUUUUUAUGUUUAUUGCCCUGUGUGGACACUCAUAAAUAUCUGUUGAAUACAUGAAGCUUCGUUUGUUGAAUGACCUUCAUUCAGGACUCGUGCGUGAUGCUGAACAAAUUUCCCAGCAGACAUAACGCCAUCAUCUCGCCAUCCAGUUGCCUCAAGCUGUGUUCCACAUUCCAUGCUUUUGCUUAAAAUGGGUCCGAGUCAGGAUCACUCCACCUAUUCAUCAAGGAACUCCUCCGAUCUUCCUCCCAAGCCAAGACUUAAAGGGAUUGCUGUGGCCCACGCUUGGACCCCGUAGGGUAACACAGCCCGGGGGAGCGAGGAACGCGCAUGCCCGCGACAGAGUUUUACGCGUGCGCAAUCGUAGCACUUCCAGUGCAGCGCUAAACUCACGGCUGCGCAGCUGCAGCCUGCUGAGGGAGCCCGGUGGAGGACAGUUCUGCGCUUGCGCCAUGUUAGAGGGUGGGAACGAAACCCAGGCUGGGAAGGCUUCGGGGCCGACCAGCCGUCGGCGCGCGUGCGCCUUGGCAAGGAGCGGCCGGGGGCGGGGCCCAGAGGGGAGGGAGAGGGGAGAGAGGCGGGAGGGGGGAAGGGAAGAGGCCGCAGAAGCCCGAGCCCUGACCCACCGGCUGGCUGGGGCUGCGGCAGCGCCGGUGAGUGACCCGUGGCCCGACUCGGUUCCCACCCUCCAAGACCCUCACUUUUUCCGGAGUCCCAGAUAGCCUCCGUUAUCCUCGUCUGAUUUUGGACCCUUGUUAUCUCCAGAGCUCCCCUUAAUUUCUGGCAAUCCUAGCGCCCCACAAUCCCCGCAGACCCCAGUCCCAAAUAUUUUAGGUCCCAGUUCUAUCACUGUCCCAGGAGUCCCCAUCUCACCGCUGUUCCUGGACAUCCUCUAGGGCCUUUAUACCGGUCUUGCGCCCCAUUGCCCUCAGAACCCAUAUAGCGCCUCUCUGCUCUAGAUGCCCCCUGCUUGCUUUGCUGCAUCGCCCCCUUCAGUUUUUCCUUGGACACCCAGGUCUGCACCCGCAGGACACCCCAUUCUCCGCCCCUCUCUUCUGUGCCCCCGUUCUCCCCUAACUCCCACAUACACCGCCUCUCCUUCCACUUUUCCUCCAGACCCUCCCCCAGUUCCCUUCAACUCCUCGGCAAGGUCUUUUGCGCCCAGAGGAGCCCGCGAUGAGCGCUCAGCCCGCGCCUGCCGUUAGGCACUUCUGACUGCCCCCCCGUAGCCGGGCACCCCCACCGCUGCCCAGGGUCGUAGGAGCCCGUGUUGCGGCGGCUGGGGGACACGGAACCCCCGCCAGCGCUAUACGCCCUUUGCCCGCAGCGCCGGCGCCCCCCCAUGCGCCAGGAGGCCAGACGGAGGCGUCGGGGGGCGCCAUGGCCUCUGCGGCUGCGGGCGAGGCAGAGGAGACCACCCGGCUGCGCAAGCCGCGCUUCUCGUUCGAAGAGAAUCAGAUCCUGAUCCGGGAGGUGCGUGCCCACUACCCGCAGCUGUACGGCGCGCAGAGCCGUCGAGUGAGCGUGGCUGAGCGGCGGCGCGUGUGGGACGGCAUCGCAGCCAAGAUCAAUGGCAUCACCAGCUGGAAGCGCACCGGGCAGGAGGUGCAGAAGCGCUGGAACGACUUCAAGCGCCGCACCAAAGAGAAGCUGGCCCGAGUACCGCACUCUACGCAGGGUGCGGGUCCUACAGCCGAGGACGCCUUCUCCGCCGAGGAGGAGACCAUUUUUGCCAUCCUGGGGCCCGGUGUGGCGGGGCCGGGGGCUGGUGCUGGGGCCGAGGAGCCGCCUGCAGCCGCCUCCUCACAGCCGCUGGCCCCAAGCGCCUGUGCCCAACGCUAUGUGUUAUCUGAGGACCGCAGGGAGGACCGACGGGCAGAUAUACCAGCCCACGGCAAGGGGGGCUCCAGCAGCCCCGAGCCGGAGCCCUGGGCCCGGCCCUCCUGCAAUCCCCAGGAAGGGGGCUGCCCACAGUCCAAGGAGCGUGAGUCCCCGCCCCCUCCAGCCGUGCAGACUGUUCAGCUGCCCCGCCUGGCCUUGUCUCCACCGCCCUCUGCCCCUGCACCCCGACCCCCGCCGCUGACACAGGUGGCACCCGCACCCCCCAGCCCCCCACCCGCCCCUCGGCCUCCGCCCACGCCUUCGGCCCCAGACCCCUCCCUGGACUUCCUGCGAGCCCAGCAGGAGACUGCCCACGCCAUCCGGGAGCUGGCUGGUACCCUUCGACAGGGCCUGGCCAAACUGAGCGAGGCUCUCAGCGCCCUGCUACCCCUUCUCCCCGGAACCCCAGUCGACCCACUGCCCCCGCCUCAGCCCCCGUCCCCGCCUCCUAGGCCAGUCCCGCCCCCACCUGCCCCCAAGGUGGAGGUCUCUGCAGAACCCGUGUCCGUGGUGGCUGCUGUCGUGGAUGGGGCUGUGGUGGCCACCAGGGGGGUAAUCAUCCCUCCUCGGAGUGAGGAGGGGGUGCCUCGGCCACCCCAACCCCCACUCCCUGUACACGACUCACCCCCACACAAGAGGAGGAAAGGGUUCCCUACGCGGAAGAGGCGGGGCCGAUGGAAAUCUCCGUGAAAUCUACUCUCCUCCUCCUCCUGCCUGCACCCCCACUCCCGGCUUGGCGCAGUCAAGGGGGUCAGUGCUCCUUGCCCAUUCCAGCAGCUCCCUGGCUCCCUGCUCCAGGGGGUGAGCGCCCCACUCCCUGUGCUAGUUAGUGCCUGAUUCUCUGGGGCGGGGGCUCUUGAUGGGCUCCCCCAGCCCCUUUCUCUGGUACAGUGCUGUCUGCCUGGCUGCCUCCCUUAACCCUGACUUCUAAGCCAUCAAUUUUACCUUAUUUAUUAUAUUGCCCUUUGUGGGGUGAGGAGGGCACCUCUCUGGUCUGCACAUCCCACACCCCUAACAAUUCCUGUUCUUGACUUGAAGAGAAUUGACCAGCCCAGACUUUGGAGGGGUUGGGAGUUGCUGGAUGAAUCAGAAUGUGGGUGACAAAGGAUGUAGCUGUCUGUACUCUAGGGAGAGGGGCUGAGUUCUGCCUGGGGAUGGAUGGGUGGGGCCUCUGCCUUCCAUCACCGUCUCUGACCUCCAAGCUCAGCCCCCUCCUUUCUCCUCAGUGGUGACAAGAUACCAAUAAACUUAUUUUUCAUAUAA